AUGGCGCUCGAUGACCGGUCAUUACCAUUCAUUGAGAAGAACCCUACUGGUCAACUACACUCUCCUUCAAUGACCCGUCAGUACCGGUCAUCAAGGGAACUACACUCUCUCUUCAAUGACCCAUACCUAACAGUCACUGAGGACAGUACACUCUCCCUCAAUGACCAGGUCUGA